AUGUCUCUGAUAUUAGCGGUUACUGAAAGGCCUAUUGCCAAAAUCUGCAUUCCCAAUAGAGUUGCUAAUUCCAUUCUUCCAUGCCGUAAGGCUUUACUAACCAAAACUACCAAAGCUUAUGAGCAUGUACGGACCAAUACAUUUGAACAUAUGAUGUCAAGGAGAGAGAGGGGAUUGGCUGCCGCCGAUGCUGGUGGCUCUGUUGAUCAUUGUGGAGCUAAGGGGAUGACUUCUAUGAUAUCAACGGAUGUGAUCAAUCAGCUCAAUAUUUUCAUCUGCGUGUUGGCAAUCAUGCAGAUCGUGUACAGUGUUGCAACAAUGGCUUUGGGAAGGGCUAAGAUGCGGCGGUGGAAAACAUGGGAGAAAGAAACCCAAACAGUCGAGUAUUUGGCUUCAAAUGAUCCCCAACGUUUUAGAUACACUAAGCAAACAACAUUUGGACGGCGACAUAUUAGCACUUGCACAACAACAUCAACUCAGCUCUGGAUUCAAUGUUUCUUUCGGCAGUUUUUCAAUUCGGUUGCCAAAAUAGACUACCUGACUUUGCGCCAUGGCUUCAUAUCGGCUCAUCUAUCAACAAACAACUCCUUCAAUUUUCAGAAGUACAUACAGAAAUCCUUGGAAGAUGACUUCAAAGCAGUAGUUGGCAUAAGCCCUUUCAUGUGGUUUCUGUUGGUCAUCUUCCUACUUGUUGAUGUGCAUGGUUGGAACGUAUAUCUCUGGGUCUCCUUUCUCCCAUUGAUUACAGUGCUAGUUAUUGGGACCAAACUUGAAGUCAUUGUGGCCAAAAUGGCUCUACAACUCAAAGAGCAGAACAAUGUAAUAAAAGGAGCCCCCUUGGUGCAUCCAAAUGACGAUCUUUUCUGGUUUAGUCACCCCCAAUUUGUGUUGACUCUUCUACAUUUGACACUUUUCAUGAAUGCAUUCGAGAUUGCAUUCUUCGUUUGGGUCUCGUUACAAUUCGGUAUAAAAUCAUGCUACCAUGAACACAUAGAGAUUGUUGUGACCCGGGUGGUAUUGGCGGUGCUGGUUCAAGUCCUUUGCAGUUACAUUACUCUUCCCCUCUAUGCUCUUGUAACCCAGAUGGGUUCAUAUUUUAAGAGUGCAGUGCUAGAAGAGGAAACAGUGCAUGUCAUAAAGCAAUGGCAUGCCGAAGUGAGGGAGAAAAGGAAGAAACAACCAUGUUCACAUUCUCCUAGUCCUCGUGAUCAUUCAUCACCAACAUGGAGCAACUGCAGAACCACCUCCCCGGAUCCAUCUUCUCAUCACCGGAGCCCCACCCUGGUGGAGUUUGCCUCUCGUGGUGGUGCUGAGAUUACUGAAGACCAUCAAGAACAAGUAGUUGUUCGGGAUGAAACAGUUCCAGAUGAUGUUUCAACAACUGAGGUGCAGUUACAGAUGCCAGACAUGAGUAAAAAACAAAACUUAAAAGUAGGACGCAUAAGAUAGUUAGAAUCAGUUACAUAUACAUUAGUUUUUCUUAACCAUUUUGUAUUAUCAUUGACAUGC